CCUGUACGGACCACCUCACCGGGAACAGUGUUACAGCUGACUACGUGGUGAGGGCACCACACGGGCAACACUCAGGCUCAGCUUGCAGACGACAAGACACGAGCCAGACAAGAUAAACCGAGCAGAUCCACCCUCUUAAAGACACCAUGAGGAAGAGAAGCUCCUUCAGUCUUCUUUUACUUCAAAUCGCAGUACUGUGUUCAACAGGACAUACUCAUGACCAAGAAGACCAGCCUAAGGAAUGGCUCACGAAGAAUUUCUGUGACGAUGGCGAGCACAUGUUGGAGGUAGACUGGGACGGGUCAAAUGUUGAGUAUGAAUGUCCCGAGCCGACGUGGCCGGACCUCUCCAAAAAGGAAGUUGACAUCCCUCCAAUUGAAGAAUGUCAUGAAGUGAAGGAUCGGGCCUGGCAUUCCUGUCUAACGGAUGGACCCAUUGACUACCCGGACACAAUACCAACAAGUGGGAAGCACCGUCCCAUCGCGCCUGCGUACGGAGAGUACCGGUACAUCCCGCCCCAGAGAUGGGUGCACGCUCUGGAGCACGGUGCGGCGGUUUUCCUGUACCACCCUUGUGCCAGCCCUGCGCAGGUCAGCAAGCUGAAACACCUGGCCCGGGGCUGCCUGAGGCGUCACAUCAUCACCCCGUACAGGAAACUGGAACCAACCAGGCCUCUUGCCAUUGUAACGUGGGGCUGUAAGCUUGUGAUGCCGUACGUGGAUUGGGGCACGGCCGAGGAGUUUGUCCGGAAGCACGCUCUCCAGGCGCCCGAGCGCUUCAUGUGGAUGGACGGUCGCUACAAGGAGGCUCUCCUCGUACCGUCUGACGUGGUCCCCGGGUCAGACAAAAACGACAACGAACUCUGUGCGAACUUAGUCCCUGAGGAAAUAGACGACAGUUUGGACAUGUCUUGAUGUAAACAGUAUCCGUACUGUAUCCAGCACUUGUCAGAGAGAUUGCUCCUUGAAGUGCUGACUGUAACUUGCUCCAAAGGCAAAGAAAGCAUCUCCAGACGUUUGGUUGCCUCCUUGUGUUACAUUUGGUGUAGUUUAUUGACAAAUAUGUUUGCCUUGUCCACGCGUGACACAUCCUAUACCCUUCGUCAGUUUUGACAGCUGUAAGUGGCAUCCUACCACAUUUGCA